AUUUUUCUUUUGAUGGGUCAAUGUUUCGAGAGUUUGAGAGAAAACAAAGAAGAUAGAAUUUCUUUGUAGUCACAAAACAAAGUUAGCAUCUAAGAAAAAGUAUAUGAUAAUUAUAGAAAUAACUUUACUACUCAAAUGAGUGUUGUAUAAGUUGAGGAAUUAACGUAGAAAAUAGAUAUUAGUCAUUUUAAAUUGUUAAAAACAUUAGGAAAAGGAGCUUGCGGAAAAGUCUUAUUAGUGAAAAAAAGAAAUAACAAUACACAAUAUGCAAUGAAAAUAGUUUCAAAAGAAAAAGUAAAAGAAGAAUAUAUAAGGACUGAGAGAUUUAUAUUAGAACAUAUUAAACACCCUUUUAUCACAAAAUUACAUUAUGCUUUUUAAAGCAAUAGUAAAUUAUAUUUAGUAAUGGAUUUCUGUUAAGGAGGAGAACUGUUUUUCCAUUUAAGAAGAGCUUAUAAAUUUAGUGAAGAAUAGUCUAAAUUUUAUAUAUGUGAAAUAAUAGUUGCAUUAGAAUAUCUCCAUAAAAAUAAUAUAUUGUAUAGAGAUUUAAAGCCUGAAAAUAUUUUAAUAUGUUAAGAUGGUCAUAUUAAAUUGAUAGAUUUCGGAUUAUCAAAAAUACUGACAACUAUAAAAACUAGAUCUCAUUCUGUAGUGGGUACACCAGAAUAUUUGGCACCUGAAAUCUAUUAAGAUGAUGGAUAAGGACAUGAUGAAUAAUGUGAUUGGUGGUCUUUAGGAGCAUUAUUAUAUGAAAUGCUAACGGGAACUGCUCCAUUUUAUAAUGUUGAUCGAACAUUAAUGUUUAGAAAUAGAUUAGAAAAACCAUUAGAUUUAAAACCAUGGUUAAGUGAAGAAUGUAAAUCUUUAUUAUAAGGAUUGCUUAAUAAUGAUGUAUAAAAAAUAUAAUAUUCUUAGGCAAGUCAGAGAUUAGAUGUCAAUUAAAUUAAAUCUCAUUAAUUUUUUAAAGAUAUAGAUUGGAUAGGGGUUGCUUAUAAGUCAUUAGAACCUCCUAUUAAAAUUGAAUUUAAUGGACCUUUAGAUUUAUCAAAUUUUAAUAGGGUAAUUUAAUCAUUUAAUUUUAGAUGUUUGUUGAUGAACCAGCAACAGAUAGUCCAAUAUCAUUUAAAGAAGGAAAGAAAAUUGAAAAUUUUAGUUUUGAUGAAGAUUAACCUUGA